UGUCUGAAUAAAAAUCCGUGGAGCUCCGGGGAGAGAACUCCUCCUACCAGAUUAUCAAAAAUGGGCUGGCUCUAGUCUUCAACAAAUUGGACGCGGCUACGGCAGGAGCGGUCCCCGACCCGACCUACCGGCGCUGGGAACUUGCAAGCAGCCAGGGACCGCUGGAAAUAGCACUUCUUUUCUUUCUUUGUGUUCAAAACUAUUUUUCUUCUCCGCCAGACUUUGUUUUCCUCCCCCGCUGCAGUUGUUUCCCAUUAGUAACUCGAUCUCUCCGCGCAGCAAGACUGGCCUCCGCGGUCUCCUCGCCCUCCGCCCGGGUUUGUUUCCUGCGCAUCUCCUGCAGGAGCCGCCGCGCUCUCCGCGCUCGCCCUCCUUUCCGAGCUGACCGGUGUCCAUCCGCCUCCCGCUCCUUCCGGCCCUGCGUCCCCGAGCGCCUCCGCGGCCCCGUCUGCCGGUUCACUCGGAUGAGCUGAGCGCCCCGGGCGAGUGUGUAUGGAAAUAGUGGGGUGCCGAGCAGAAGACAACUCGUGUCCUUUCCGCCCCCCAGCCAUGCUCUUCCACGGGAUCUCCGGAGGCCACAUCCAAGGCAUCAUGGAGGAGAUGGAGCGCAGAUCGAAGACCGAGGCCCGCCUGGCCAAAGGCGCCGCGCUCGGCGGCCGCGACGCGGGCCUGCCGCCGCUGAGCCCCGAGAAGCCCGCUCUGUGCGCCGGCUGCGGGGGCAAGAUCUCGGACAGGUACUACCUGCUGGCCGUGGACAAACAGUGGCACCUGAGGUGCCUGAAGUGCUGUGAAUGCAAGCUGGCCCUCGAGUCCGAGCUCACCUGCUUCGCCAAGGACGGCAGCAUUUACUGCAAGGAGGACUACUACAGAAGGUUCUCUGUGCAGAGAUGUGCCCGCUGCCACCUUGGCAUCUCCGCGUCGGAGAUGGUCAUGCGUGCCCGAGACUCCGUCUACCACCUGAGCUGCUUCACCUGCUCCACCUGCAACAAGACCCUGACCACAGGGGACCACUUCGGCAUGAAGGACAGCCUGGUGUACUGCCGCGCCCACUUCGAGACCCUCUUGCAAGGGGAGUACCCCGCGCAGCUGAGCUACACCGAGUUGGCGGCCAAAAGCGGCGGCCUGGCCCUGCCUUACUUCAACGGCACCGGCACCGUGCAGAAGGGGCGGCCCCGGAAGCGCAAGAGCCCGGCGCUGGGAGUGGACAUCGUCAACUACAGCUCAGGCUGUAACGAGAACGAGGCCGACCACCUGGACCGGGAUCAGCAGCCUUACCCGCCCUCGCAGAAGACCAAGCGCAUGCGCACCUCCUUCAAGCACCACCAGCUCCGGACCAUGAAGUCCUACUUCGCCAUCAACCACAACCCGGACGCCAAGGACCUCAAGCAGCUCGCCCAGAAAACGGGCCUGACCAAGAGAGUCUUGCAGGGAGAACAAAUCUUGGGGCAUUACAGCCAAACAUCCCGACGUUUGAAAAUUCCCUAAAGUAUUAAAAGAAGGGGAAAAGUUUGAUCGGAAAUCCACUGCAGUGAAGACAAAGACAAUAUUAGGUUAUGAUAACCACACAUUUUAAAAUUUAUUGAGCCAAAAAUAAAAAAAUAAGAGAGAGAGAGAGAAAGACUUAAAUGUCAUUUACUGAAUGUUAACAAAAAUUCUGUUCUUUAUGGUGUCUAACACAAAUGGAGGCUAAAAUAAUUGUGGUUUAAAACAAAGUUAGAUAAACCAUGUAUAAACCAGAGCAACCUGGCAGUAAUAUGCCCACCCCAUAUUUGAAGAAAGUUAUUAUUGGAAAAAAAACCCCACACAUUUGUCAAGCACAGUAGUUGUAAAGAUAAAGUCCAAGAACAUCCAUUUCACCUGCUUGCUAAUGUGUAUUAGUCCUAUCUGUUAUGGCAUUUUCUAGUUGUAAAUUCAAAGAAAAGCUAUUACUCAUUUAAGAGUAUAGGGAUCAAAACCCAGUAAUUUUAGUGAUAUUGUUUAUUACUUCCUUUUUUAAACAGAAAUCUCUGCAUGCACUUUUACAUCUGUCACUUCUAGUGUACAUUUCUGUAUGAUGACUUAUCUUUGCUGUUUCUUGUAUGAUAAAUAGCUUUCAUUAAUAAACAUUUUAUUUGAUGCAAACAUAGUUAACUUUAUGUUAAAUGCACACUGUUGAAAUUAAUUUUGAACAGUCUUAAGAGGCAGCACAAUACAUUUGCAACUCGUUACAUUUAGGAGAAAAAUUCAAACAAUAUAGUGAGGUUAAAUUCUCAUAGUCAGGAUAACAUUACUUGGUUUUUAACUUUUCAUGACUUUUUAUUUGUUGCUUUCAAUUGAGACAUGUAUUAAAAAUAAAAAAAUCAAAGUAAAUCUAAAUUACAACAAAAACAACCUUAGAACCAACUAUUAUAUAAACUUUCACAACUUUUAGAUUAUUAGGUUAAAAUUUAUAGAUCCUCUGUAAGUUUACAUGUUCACUAUGCAAUGAACAAAUUUAUUGAAGUAUACAAAUAUAUUCUUAACUAUGAAAAGAUCCAAUCUUUGCACAGUUCAAAUUAAAUAGAUUACAAAUGAAGCAAGUGGAAGAAAAAACAAACAUUUAGAAAUGAGGUUUUUUUAAUCGUUAAAGGGAAUAUUAAAAAAAUUUUUUAAUGAUUCCUAUUUAGCUGUAUAUCCAAA